AUGGAGGUAUUUGGCAAAUCUAUGGUAGCCGUGCCUACAAAUGUUAUUUUUCUGUCGAGUAUUCUUGGCCAAGAUGGGCCAAACCCUGUUCACAAGUGCGAUUGGAAAUGUGAAAACGAACAUGUGUGUGGGAACAUGUACAGAUGCAGACUAACUGGGCUGACCCACAUUUGUGACAAAAACUGUAAUCAGAGAAUUUUGUAUGACAAUCAUAGCUCCCUCUGCAGGGUGAGCAAGCAGAUUUUUCCAUUUACGCCCGCUGAAGAGCAGGCUGUGAAAGGUAUACGGAGGAAGUUUGAUGCUGAUAGUUCACCCUCUGACAGCUGCGCUUUUAAGCGCAGGCGGGAUGCAACCUUCCAUCCAUCACCGUUUGAGAGAUCUUUCUCCGCUGUUAGUCCCAUAUGUAGCCAAGUUGGAGAUGGAAUGGACAUGAGCUAG